UUCUUUGGUAUAGGUGGUGUUGCUCAGGUGAUAUUAGGAAAAGGAGAAUUUGGGAAGUAUCUGAGCAUCAACUUGGCAUUUGGAAUCGGCGUGACUAUGGGGAUUCAUGCAGCCGGCGGCAUCUCUGGAGCUCAUAUGAAUGCCUCAAUAAGCUUCACACACUGCGUCUUAGGAAAUCUUCCCUGGAGAAAGCUGCCAGCGUACAUAAUUGGCCAGUUCCUGGGCUCCUUCUUGGCAGCAUCCCUAGUGUUCUGCAUGUACUACGAUGCGCUGUGUGAAUACGCGGAUGGACACUUCAUUGUGACGGGACCUAAUGGCACAGCUGGGAUCUUCGCCACCUACCCUGCUCCGUAUAUGACUCUGCUGGGAGGAUUUGUAAAUGAGUUCCUUGCCACAGCGGUGCUCAUGUUGUGCAUUCUUGCCAUCUAUGACAAGAAGAAUAAUGGAGCCCUAGAGGGCACUCAGCCUGUGAUCACUGGGCUCCUGGUGUUAGUGAUCGGCAUGACAAUGGGAAUAAACACUGGAUAUGCAAUAAACCCCUCCAGGGACCUGCCUCCAAGGAUCUUUACUGCAAUAGCAGGCUGGGGAAGUGAAGUCUUUAGGGCUGGAGAUUAUUGGUGGUGGGUCCCACUUGUAGCGCCAACACUGGGAAGUCUUGCUGGUGCCUUAGCCUACAAACUCCUAAUUGACUUUCACAAUCAGACUGCACUGGAAGGUGGAGAUGAGAAAGGAAAGGACGAUUUGCAGACUAACAGUGUGUGAUGUCCAAGUGUUGCUAGGACAAAGCUGGAAAGGAAAGUUCAAUCAGCCACGACUUCAUCACUGGAUCAAGUGUUCAACCCUGCCUUCACUGAGCUUUUGUUUUCACACCACUAAUUAAAUAACACUCAAUAACUCAGUGGAUAAUGUCCAAGGGACAGCCGUUGCACCUGUAGUUAUUUACUUGCACAAUCUAUAGGUGUAAAAAUGGAGGGUGGCUUUUAAAAGUCUGUGCAACUCAAUCAGACUAGCUAGGAUUUCUGGUGGACAGAACAGUAUUGAGUGGGGCUGAAAGUGGCUCUGUUCUAAACUUCAGUGGAAGUUUAAGUUUCUUAACUUUUUUUUCUUUAUGGAAA